GCGAUUUCUUCACACCAAUGUCAGUGACGGUCGAAGACGAACACCGAAUUUCAGUGAUUCUGAUCAACUCAGCGUACGCACUUUCCAACCUCUCUUUUGCGAAUUCCAAUAACCAUAACUACGACAUGCAAACACAAAAAAGGGCGAAAUCCUCUAAUAACAGAUAGAGAAUUUCCCUUUUUUUAUGUUAUUUUAGGAAUCCAAUCCUCUUCAUGAAGAGAAUUGUGCAAUCUGCUUGAUAUUAUUCGUGUGUAUUUACUAUUUAGCGAUAAAAUCAUUGAUUUCGUUCAUAGUUUGGUACUUUGUUAGAAAUUUCCCAUUAGACAUGGUUUCCCUUAGUUAAUUUUUUCUUUGCCCUAGGGUCUAGUCUGAGUGUUCUACAGAAUUUAUAUAGUUAUUGAAUGAUAUAAUAAUAUAAAUACAGUUGGCAUUUGCCCAAAUAAAGGACAGUCCUGCUUUCAAUUGCAGGCCUCAUCCACAGAAGGAGCCAAAAAAAAUCCCCUCUCACAUUGGUGUUCUUGAUGGAUCCGGUUGGGGUUGUUGGUAAUCAACUUUUUGCCCAAAUAUAAUAUUUAUACACGGCAAAUGCAACAAAUAAGCUCACACACCCACUUCACCUUUGGUGUGGUUUGAACCCAGACCCCGUGGAAGGCCAAAGGCUAGGAUACAGUUAGGCCAAAGGACCUUUGUUUUCUUUAUUUUAUUUGUAUAGGCCAAAGGGUCGGAUAACCGUUAGGCGAAAGCCCCUUUGUUUUCUUUAUUUUAUUUGUAUAUUGGUUUUGCUUGGAAUUUAGAUGGAGGCGUUAGGUUCAUGGAUUGAAUCAAGAUGAAUGCAUUGGAGCUCUAGCUUCUCUGCAAAAAAUGGGUAACAGCAACAGUUUGCGGAUUGUUGGAUUGAACUCCCCUAUAGAAAAGGGGGCAUCAGAGGGAAAGUCAAUGAUCGAGCUACAUGAUGAUAGCCGGUCCGUUCCUGUGUCAACUACCAGAAAUUUGGCUACCUUAAAAGGUGGCUCAGAAAGUUUUGGCACUAAUUGUGUAUGGAGAAUAGUGUUAGCCAGUAUAAAGACUGCUUUCUUCUCUGAUAAAAUAAAUUUACUCUUACCUUGUGGCCCGUUAGCAAUGCUGGUUGAUCAAUUGUCGAGUCGUCAAGGUUGGGUCUUCUUAUUGAGCUUAUUGGGCAUCAUCCCUUUGGCAGAGCGUCUGGGUUGGGCCACCGAGCAGAUGGCUUUCUACACCGGACCCACAGUCGGGGGUCUUCUGAAUGCCACUUUUGGCAAUGCAACGGAGUUGAUAAUAUCGAUGCAUGCAAUGAAGGGAGGCAUGAUACGUCUUGUGCAACAAUCGCUACUAGGGUCAAUCUUGUCCAACAUGUUGCUCGUUCUUGGAUGCGCGCUUUUUAUCGGAGGAGUUGCUAAUCGUAAUAGGGAACAAAUAUUUAACAGGUCGAGCGUGGGGAUGAACGUGGGAUUGCUUUUGAUGGCGGUCAUGGGCUUGCUUUUUCCGGCCGUUCUCCAUGUCACGCAGACCGAAUUGCAUAUUGGGACAUCAGAGUUGGCGCUUUCAAGAUUUACGAGUUGCUUAAUGCUUUUAGCGUAUGGUAUUUAUAUUUUCUUUCAGUUGACGAACCAGAAGCAAGAGUAUGUGCCAACUAAAGAGGACGGUAGUCCAAGUGGGAGUCCGGUUGAGGAAGAAUUGGCAGAUGUUUCAAAGUGGGAAUCACUUAUAUGGCUCGGCCUUUUGACUCUUUUCAUUUCAAUUCUCUCGGAGUACUUGGUCAAUGCCAUAGAGGGUGCUGCUUCCGCGAUGGACGUCCCAGUAGCAUUCAUUAGUGUUAUUCUACUUCCUAUUGUCGGAAAUGCAGCAGAACACGCAAGUGCUAUCAUGUUUGCGGUAAAAGAUAAACUUGACAUUUCUUUAGGAGUGGCGGUUGGCUCUUCGACACAAAUAUCCAUGUUCGUGACGCCGCUUUGUGUGGUGGUUGGGUGGAUCAUCGGACGUCCCAUGGACCUGGAUUUUCAACUUUUCGAGACGGCCACUCUUUUCAUGACUGUUCUGGUGGUAGCCUUCAUUCUACAGGAGGGUACGUCCAAUUACUUCAAAGGACUGAUGCUCUUGUUUUGUUAUAUGAUCGUGGCUGCAAGUUUCUUUGUACAUAUUGACCCGGAAUACAUACAAGAGAACCCUGAAAUCCCGUAGUUGUAGAAUUUCAGUCACAUCCCUAUUGGUGCUUGUUGGACUCGAUCGAUCUGCUGGCAGAAUCAUGAAGCUUUUCCUAUAAAUCUUAAUUCAAUCUGUAGAUUUUCAUC